AUGUUGCGCUGGUACCAGAGCAAGUUGGCCAAGCGGCCCAUCCUCACCGCUAGCAUCACCAGCGCGGUGUUGUUUGGCAGUGGUGAUGUCCUCGCCCAGCAGGCUGUUGACCGUCGGGGUCUCGAGAAGCACGACUUUAGCCGCACCGGGCGCAUGGCCCUGUACGGUGGAGCUGUCUUCGGCCCUGUAGCCACCGUCUGGUUCGGCUUCCUCCAGCGUCACGUCGUCCUCAAGAACACCGCGACCACCACCUUUGCCCGAGUCGCAUGUGACCAGAUCCUGUUUGCGCCCGUGCAGCUCACCUGCUUCUUGUCUUCAAUGGCCAUCAUGGAGGGCACCAGCCCUGUGGAGAAGUGGAAGGCUUCCUUUGCUCCCGCUUACAAGGCCAACUUGUUCGUCUGGCCGUUUGUCCAGGGUGCCAACUUUGCCUUUGUCCCUCUGGAGCUGCGCGUCCUAGUGGUCAAUGUGGUCAGCCUGGGCUGGAACUGCUUCCUUAGCUUGAUGAACAGCGGUGAAGAGUAA